GGUUAAAUAAUUGGUAACAGGGUGACUAGUUGAAAGCCCGUCGAUAGUCAAAGUAGUGACAAGUGUUGUGGCUUGUACAAACAAAAUCAGUCCGCGUUACGUAUUGGGAGAACAACCCUACACCUGUUUCACUGUCAUGCUCUGUGCGGUGACAUCGUAGCCUUCAUUCAGUAAAACGGGCUGAGGUUGUUAGAUAAUGAUAGCAGUUGAAUGGCUCAUUCAGCCAACAAGUUUCUAGUCUUCCGAAACCAGAUAGUGAGUGAAUUUCAGUUGAACAUAAAAAGCAUCCUAAAACAUGGCCACUGUUAAUCCUGCUUACGAGCCCGACGGCUUUCAAGAGUCGAAUGCUGAACAAAGACGGAAGUUUCCCAGAACAGAGCCUCCGGACUAUGAUGAUACAACAGGUCCAAAGCCUCGGCUCGAAAGAGAUAUUUCGGGCGCCACCAGCAAACGAAAUCUACGGGACAAAUGGGGAAAGGAUAUUGAAUUUCUGUUAUCCUGCAUAGCUCUGUCCGUGGGGCUCGGAAACGUAUGGCGCUUUCCAUUUGCCGCCCUGGAAAAUGGUGGCGGAGCUUUUGUAAUUCCAUAUCUGAUUGUUCUGCUGCUAGUGGGACGACCGAUCUAUUAUCUAGAGAUGUUGAUUGGACAAUUUUCCAGCCGUGGAUGUAUCGAAGUUUUUGAUGUAGCACCGGCGAUGCGUGGGAUCGGAUAUGGUCAGACGUACUCAACAUUUAUCGUGAUGACCUAUUAUGCAUCGUUGAUGGGUCUCACAAUGCGAUAUCUGAUUGCCUCGUUCGGAAAUCCUUUGCCAUGGAGCAAGUGCAGACAAGAGUGGAAUGCGACCUGUGUGGAUUCGAAAUUUGCAGUUAGCUCUGCAGAAAAUAGCAGCACGAACAAGGUGUCCUCAGCGGAGCUAUUUUUUGUAAAUGACGUUCUCAAGGAAUCCAGCAACAUCGACAACGGUAUUGGUAAUCCGGAUUGGAAAUUAGUAUUGUGUCUUCUUUUACCCUGGAUUUGUAUUUGUUUGACGUUAAUAAAAGGCAUCCGAAGUUCCGGAAAGGCCUCCUACUUUCUGGCGAUCUUCCCGUACGUCGUCAUGAUACUUCUGUUGAUUCGGGCAAGUACACUAGAAGGAGCUGGCAGCGGAAUGCUGUAUUUUGUAAAGCCCCAGUGGGAUCGAAUCUUCGAGGCCAAAGUGUGGUACUCCGCUGUCACCCAGAUGUUCUUUUCGUUGACGGUUUGUUUCGGAAAUGUUAUAAUGUACUCUUCGUACAAUCGAUUUUCGAACAAUGUGUACAGAGAUGUUACAAUCGUUACUUUACUGGACACCUGUACCUCAAUGAUAGCGGGGCUGAUAGUAUUUGGUAUUAUUGGCCACUUGGCCCAUGCAAUGGACGUCGAUGACAUUAGCAGUGUAGUUCGUGGUGGUACCGGUCUUGCCUUUAUAACAUAUCCUGAUGCCAUCGCCAGAUUCAAAUUUUGGCCACAGUUCUUUGCUAUCGUCUUCUUUCUGAUGCUGUUUGUCCUAGGGAUUGGAAGCAACGUAGGAAUGGCUACCACCAUUAUGACCGUUAUUCGAGAUCGGUUUCCCAAUUUGAAACCUUCGCUGGUGGCAUUUGUAAUAGCGAUUGCUGGAUUCGGUAUAGGAAUAAUUUACACCACCCCGGGAGGACAGUUUAUGCUCAACUUCCUGGAUUUCUACGGAGCAUCCUUCGUUGCUCUGGUGCUGGCAGUAUUCGAGAUUCUUACAUUUGCCUGGAUCUACGGAGUUGGACGACUUUGCCGGGAUAUUGAGUUCAUGUUGAACAUUAAAACCGGUCUAUACUGGCGGAUAUGUUGGGCGUUUGUAACCCCGGUUUUAUUGGUUGCCAUUUUGUUCUAUCACAUUUUGACCUACCAGAGUCUUACAUACCAUGGCUACGUUUUCACUGACGGAAUGUAUGCAUUCGGUUGGUGCGUUUUUGCUGGCGGUGUUCUACAGUUGCCAGCCUGGGCGGUGUACACGUUUAUGAGACGAAAAGAUCCAAGAAUGCUGAAUCGAGUUCUGAAUUGCUUCAAGCCAACAUACGACUGGGGUCCGGAGGAUGCGGAACUGAAUGCAAAAUAUCACGAAAUGGUGUAUAAACAUCAACAAACACUAUCAGUGCGACGCAAUGUUUUCAGAAAAGCUAUCGAUAAUGUUUUUCAUUGAUAAUUUCAAGUUCUAAAGCAAGCUGCGAAGGUACUACACUGCUGGGUAGAACCAGAUGUGCCAGUUAAUAAAACGGGAUUUUUUCCAUGGAUUAGUUAACCGUCGAAGCUAUCGCGUUUUUUUUUGCAACAACCAAAAACCAUUGCUAUUUUGUCAAUAUCAAGUUAGUGUAAUAUACAUACUGCAUUCGCGAAAA